UAUUAUUUAAACCGUCCUCGCUCUCAGUGUCGUGUUUCAGUCUGCAGUCAGAUCCAGCCAUGGCCCGGCUCCUCUCCUCUCUGGGACUCUUCUUCAGGAUCAACACGUUCCUCUGUCUGCUCCUCCUCUACCUCCUCUUCAUCGCGCUGGGAGCCCUGGUGUUCUCGGCCGUGGAGAAGCCGGUGGAGGAGGAGCUGAGGGCGGAGGUGCAGGCGGUGUGGAGCUCCUUCCUGCAGGAGAACCCGUGUGUGGACGAGAGCAGGCUGAGGGAGGUGCUGAGGAGAACUCUGUCUGCUCAUCGGAGGGAUGUUCCUGUCCUGAAGGAGGAAGAGGACGAGGAGGAGAGACGUCAGGGUUUCACUUCAUCACUUUACUUUGUCAUCGUCACGCUCACCACCAUGGGUUCCGACUCUUACACGCCCAAAUCAGACGAGGCCAAACUCUUCUGUAUCUUCUACUGCACCCUGGGGAUCCCCCUCACCCUGUUCCUCCUCACCCUCCUCUCCAACCUCCUCCUCCCCUUCCUCACCCACGCUCCUGUCCACCUCCUGCACACUCUGUGGGGUUUCCCUUACACCCAGGCCGCGCUCCUCCACGCUGGCCUCCUCUCCAUGCUCGUCCUCUGCCUCCUCUUCCUCCUCCCCGCCCUCCUGGUGCUCCUGCUGGAGCCAAACUGGAACUUCCUGGACGCACUCUUCUUCUGCUUCCUCACCCUGAGCACCGUCGGCCAGGGGGGAGACACUUUGGGGAGGAGCUGGAGUCCCGGAGCAAAGGAGACCCUGGAGCUCCUCACUACGUGUUACCUGGUGGGGGGUCUGGUGGUUCUCAUCACCUUUAAGGACACCGUGCUGCAGGUCCCUCAGGUGUGCGUGCUGCUCAGGCUCCUCGCCGGUCCUCAGUAUGCAGAGCUGCAAGGUUUCUACCUGAAUGAAAUGACCGUGAGCGAGUGUGAGGAGGAGCCCCAGUACUCCCAGUCCAUCUGCACCAUCUCCUCCCCCCCUCUCCGCCUUCCAAGCCCUCGUAGAGACCGACAGACUGCUAACACAGAGCUCCACGCCACCACAACCUCUACGGACAAAACCAGCUGAGCCUCAGCAGACAAAAACAAUAUGAACGUAAAAAGACGUGAUGAGGGCGGAGCUUACUGACGGCACUUUUGACAAAGGUCUCUGAAUUUCAACCUUUUGCUGCAGAAGUUGGUAACUUACAACAUUCAUCCACACUAGGGAUUUUAAGUUUACGCUUUACGCUCUCAUUUCUAGUCUGCUUACUUUGUAAGUGUCUUAAUUUAAAAUAAAGAUUUAAAUCUGUUCGGCUGAUAUCGUUGCUUAUUACAGUCAGUCCAUGCCUGAUGUUUAGCUCUUUAGAUCUUGAUGUAAGUGUUUCUUGUCAGGGGAAGGAUGCUUAUGUAAAAUGUAGUGAGAUAUUUUUGACUAUAAAUUAAACAAAUACACUUUGUAAGA